GUAGAAAUUUCAUCUCCCAUGUGGUGUGGCUGGCCUUGUGUCUGUUUUCUACUACAGUGCCGUGGUCUUUCUUUAUGCAGUGGGCAGGAAGAACCCCUCAGACAAUUAUACUGUGGUCACUGGUCUUCUGGUCUGGACUUGAUCCUUCCCCCAGAUCACCAUGGCCACGGCCAAGGCCAGAAACCCCCGGGAGGCAUUGCUCUGGGCCUUGAGUGACCUUGAGGAGAACGAUUUCAAGAAGUUAAAGUUCUACUUAAGGGAUAUGACCCUGUCUGAGGGCCAGCCCCCACUGGCCAGAGGGGAGUUGGAGGGCCUGAUUCCGGUGGACCUGGCAGAAUUACUGAUUUCAAAGUAUGGAGAAAAGGAGGCUGUGAAAGUUGUCCUCAAGGGCUUGAAGGUCAUGAAUCUGUUGGAACUUGUGGACCAGCUCAGCCACAUUUGUCUGCAUGAUUACAGAGAAAUAUACCGAGAGCAUGUGCGCUGCCUAGAGGAAUGGCAGGAAGCAGGAGUUAAUGGCAGAUACAACCAGGUGCUCCUGGUGGCCAAGCCCAGCUCAGAGAGCCCAGAAUCACUUGCCUGCCCCAUCCCAGAGCAGGAGCUGGACUCUGUCAUGGUGGAGGUUCUAUUUGAUUCAGGGGAAAAGCCCUCCCUAGCCCCAUCCUUAGUUGUGCUACAGGGGUCGGCUGGCACUGGAAAGACAACUCUCGCCAGAAAAAUAGUGUUGGACUGGGCCACUGGUACUCUGUACCCAGGCCGGUUUGAUUAUGUCUUUUAUGUAAGCUGCAAAGAAGUCGUCCUGCUGCUGGAGAGCAAACUAGAACAGCUCCUUUUCUGGUGCUGCGGGGACAAUCAAACCCCUGUCACAGAGAUUCUGAGGCAGCCAGAGCGGCUCCUGUUCAUCCUGGAUGGCUUUGAUGAGCUGCAGAGGCCCUUUGAAGAAAAGUUGAAGAAGAGGGGUUUGAGUCCCAAGGAGAGCCUGCUGCACCUUCUAAUUAGGAGACAUACACUCCCCACAUGCUCCCUUCUCAUCACCACCCGGCCCCUGGCUUUGAGGAAUCUGGAGCCCUUGCUGAAACAAGCACGCCAUGUCCAUAUCCUAGGCUUCUCUGAGGAGGAGAGGGCGAGGUACUUCAGCUCCUAUUUCACGGAUGAGAAGCAAGCUGACCGUGCCUUCGACAUUGUACAGAAAAAUGACAUUCUCUACAAAGCGUGUCAGGUUCCAGGCAUUUGCUGGGUGGUCUGCUCCUGGCUGAAGGGGCAGAUGGAGAGAGGCAAAGCUGUCUUAGAGACACCUAGAAACAGCACUGACAUCUUCAUGGCUUACGUCUCCACCUUCCUGCCGCCCGAUGAUGAUGGGGGCUGCUCCGAUCUUUCCCGGCACAGGGUCCUGAGGAGCUGCUCCCUAGCUGCUGAAGGGAUUCAGCACCAGAGGUUCCUAUUUGAAGAAGCUGAGCUCAGGAAACACAAUUUAGAUGGCCCCAGGCUUGCCGCUUUCCUGAGUAGUAAUGACUACCAAUUGGGACUUGCCAUCAAGAAGUUCUACAGCUUCCGCCACAUCAGCUUCCAGGACUUUUUUCAAGCCAUGUCUUACCUGGUGAAAGAGGACCAAAGCCGGCUGGGGAAAGAGUCCCGCAGAGAAGUGCAAAGGCUGCUGGAGGUAAAGGAGCAGGAAGGGAGUGAUGAGAUGACCCUCACUAUGCAGUUUUUAUUGGACAUAUCGAAAAAAGACAGCUUCUCGAACUUGGAGCUCAAGUUCUGCUUCAGAAUUUCUCCCUGUUUAGCGCAGGAUCUGAAGCAUUUUAAAGAACAGAUGGAAUCUAUGAAGCACAACAGGACCUGGGAUUUGGAAUUCUCCCUGUAUGAAGCUAAAAUGAAGAAUCUGGUAAAAGGUAUUCAGAUGAACAAUGUAUCAUUCAAGAUAAAACAUUCAAAUGAAAAGAAAUCACAGAGCCAGAAUUUAUUUUCUGUCAAAAGCAGCUUGAGUCAUGGACCUAAGAAGGAGCAAAAAUGUCCUUCUGUCCAUGGACAGAAGGAGGGCAAAGAUAAUAUAGCAGGAACACAAAAGGAGGCUUCUACUGGAAAAGGCAGAGGGACAGAGGAAACAGAUGAGGAAGUUAGGUGCAGUGGGAUGGGAUGCAGGGAAAUGGGGACAAUCACGCUGAAGGGUUGGAGGAAUGAAGGGGUGAAGGGACGCACAGGAAGAUGUGGAAAGACAGACAAAGUUAAAAAGGAUGGAGAGAGGAGAAUCAAGACUAAUGGGUAA